UCCACAUCGGAAUGAACGGGCAGUUGUUUUCUGUUCAUUGCGAAGUAAAGAGGGAGUGCUGAAUGUUGCAAUAGAGUAUCGUCAGUUUACCGCCAGACAGCAGCAUCACCUUGAUGAUGUAGCCGAACAACAACAGCAUACUCGCCAAUUUUGAUUUGGGACCAACGUGGCUCAAUUCAGAGCUCACUGUGUGCUGGCUUUGUCCGGGACGUUAGCGCUGCCACACGACACUUCGGAUGAGUCUUGGAUAGUGCUCAGAGGAAUUUAGCCUAGAGUUCAUCGCCGUUUUUGUAAUGCUUUUCUUUUACAACUAAUAUUACCACCAGAAGCGUUGCUGAUCUUUACCGUGCCAAUUAUUUUGCUAAUGGGUCGUUUUAGUGGAUGUUCCCUCAUGAUAUCAGUGAGAAGAUGACUGCAUUUACUUUGCUCUGCUCGGUCGUGUGAUUGCAGUGGGAUAGCGGACGCUCACAUUCAACGCUGGACUGAGAUAGCAUAGUUGUUCUAAUCAAAUAUAAAGAUUGUGUUGUUUUUUAUCAGUCUCGUGCUUAUCUUUGAUGACAAUUGCCUAGCGCUGGCAUAAGUUUGAGUUUCCAUAGACCGCCAAAAGACAGAACCUAAACGUCGUUUCAACUUCUAGUCGUUUUUUUGACAACAGUCUUGACGGAGGAAGAAUAUGUUGAUGAAGGAAUAUAGAAUAUGUAUGCCGCUCACUGUGGAAGAGUCCCCAAGGUAGAGGUUCUCUUCUCUGGCUACGAGGGGACCGUUCCCUUGCCUCUGUCUGGAUCUCAUCGUUCAGACUGGCCUGGCACAGAGAGACCAGACGGAAGGAGAGACACUCAGCUAUCCCAUCUGCUAGAUGUCAGGGGUACAGGAUUGGCCAGCUGUAUAUGAUCAGCAAGCACAGCCAUGAGCAGAGUGAGCGUGGAGAAGGAGUGGAGGUGGUGCAGAACGAACCCUACGAGGACCCCACACAUGGACAGGGACAGUUCACAGAAAAACGCGUCUACCUCAACAGUAAGCUCCCUAGCUGGGCCAGGGCUGUGGUCCCUAAAAUCUUCUAUGUGACAGAGAAGGCCUGGAACUACUACCCCUACACCAUCACAGGUAACCACUCCUAGGACCAUCACAGAAGA